AGUGCGGUUAUCUGAAUAUGGACUGGAAUUUUAUCUUAGUUUUCCUUUGACCAAAAAGAAAAAAAAAAAAAAAAAAAAAUAAGAAAAAAAAAAGGGGGAAAAAAGUUCAAACUUGGGAUUCUUUCUGUGAUGUACUACUUCAAUGAUUCCAAUGCGUCCUUCUACGAUAACGUCAGCGACGCUGUGGACCAUGUGACGCGGUACUCGGUGCUGCAGCUGAGCGCGGAGAUACAGAUCGCGCUCUACAGCAUCAUCUUCCUGCUGUCGGUGACGGGCAACAUCCUCAUCAUCGUGACCCUCAUCCAGAACAAGAGGAUGCGCACCGUGACCAACGUGUUCCUCCUGAACCUCGCCAUCAGCGACCUCCUCCUCGCCGUCUUCUGCAUGCCCUUCACCCUCGUCCCCGUCCUCCUACAGAACUUCAUCUUCGGCGCCGUCAUGUGCGUCAUGAUCAGAUACCUCCAAGCUGUGUCGGUGGGUGUGAGUUGUUUCACUCUGGUAGCUAUUUCCAUGGAGCGGUAUUACGCCAUCUGCCAGCCCCUCCACUCCCGUGCUUGGCAGACCCUGUCUCACUCGUACCGCUACCUAGGGGUGUGCUGGCUCCUCGCCUUCAUCUCCAUGACGCCAGUCGCUGUCUUUCAGAAGUUCCGGGACUUGCCGAGCGGCUCGCACUCGUGUCGGGAGCGCUGGCCGAACCCUCACCUCAUGAAGGCGUACACCGUCUUCCUCGACCUCGCCCUUCUCAUCAUCCCCGUCCUCUUCAUGUCCGUGGCAUACGGCCGCGUCAUCCACACGCUGGCAACAGACGUCAGGGACACGUCGUACAAUUUACCGCUUCAGGAAAACGGUUCAACGCCGGGGUUCGUGAUGCCUAAUUACCGGACUCUGGAGCUCAGGCUUCUUCACAACAAAGAUUCCACCCAGAGCAUAUCCUCCCAGAGUUCCACGGAUACGACCGGAAGUCCACCGCUUGCCAAGAGAAGUCGCCGUAUCCACCGAAUGAGACACACAAACCCUCAAAAGAUACGACAGAACAAAAUACGGGUGAUAAAAAUGCUGUUCGCCGUGGUACUCGAGUUCUUUAUAUGCUGGACGCCGGUGUAUAUCAUCAACACGUGGAUGAUGUUCGAUGCCCAGAGCGCUGCUCAACACAUGACGCCAUUAAUCAAGUCACUUUUCCAUCUCCUGUCAUACGCUUCGUCGUGCUGCAAUCCUAUAACGUACUGCUUUAUGAACAAAAAGUUUAGAGAAGCAUUCGUGAGAGCAUUUCAGUGCCGGACUGUGAAACAGCCCCUGAGAGACAGGCGUCGGAUGUUGCUGGCAAGCGCCUCGCGCCGCAGUGAGUUAUCCAUGUUCCAGCCGGGCGCCUCAACCUCCACACGAGCCAGCUCAAUUCGGCAGCCAGACUUCGGGUCCAUCCGGGAAACGGAUUUCAACGAUAUGCAUGGCCUUGAUGAUUGA